AUCUCAUUGUUGUCCAAACCUACCCAGAAAUCCCUAUGAUAAGAGUGAGAAGACAUGCAUGCUUUCAGAGUACAUGGAGAAAUACCCUCGUAAUCCCAUCACUGUUCCCAGGGAACCAUUUCACCCAAGGAAUGUGUAUGAGGUGGUACAGAUACCCAUGGAAGGCAUCUCAACCACAAA